AUGAGAGGUGGAGGAGCGACGGAGCCUGCGGGCCGCAAGAGGCGUUUGCUCGCCUCGCCGCGCUCCUCUAUCCAUCAUCCACGAGAGCCAGCAGCAGGGGGGUUUGGGCCCACUCCACCAUUCCCGCCGCCGAUUCCCAAACGCGCCUGCUCCAACCUUCUCGCCCAUCGAAGAUGUUGCUCCGAUCCGGGGCUUGCGACGGCGUUCGUCCCCGGGCCACGCCGUCGCAGCGGUGGAUCCAGCCGCGUCUUCGAUGAGGCGGCGGCUCGUCCUCACCUCCUCAAGCGCAAGUCCUCCGGCGAGGUCGACGCUGCCCCCGUUCGCCGAGUCAGGAGGUCGCCGCCGGCGUCAUCGCGCAAGGAGCUGCCGGUUGCGCUCCACCUACCCAAGGUCGAAGCAGAGGUCCUGCUACCCCAACCUAAGGCCGGGUCCUCUGCAGGGGACGAUGGCAACAACGUCGACGAGAGCUCUGACGAAGCUUCACUUGCAGAGUUGGGUGUAAAAGUGUUCCCCAAUAUGCCACCACAAUCUGCGGCUAAUACUUGGGUCCGUUUUGUCAACAAUGCAAAGGCUUGCAUCAACCACUACAACAAGAAGUAUCAGGUGGCCUCGUGGGUUCGACUCCUGGUGGAAGCGGGGUUAAAAAAAUCUCCUCAUCUGCCUACACGCCAAAGCACAAGGAAAAAGAUCCCCUCCUCCUUGGGGAGCAGGACGGCAGCUACUACUACCAUAUCAAUUUCCAUGCCCAAGACAAGAAAGGUCACGCCCAGCUCUUCUUUGGUGAGAUCAGGGUGUGCGUUGUGCCUAAGGAGGAGGAUGCCACUUGCUGUAGCCCUGUUUCACCUUCUGAUGCUGGCGGGAAACGUCUCCAAACCGUCGAGGAGGCGAUGAAGUACAAAUUUCCAACUUGGGGAACAGCAGGCAUGGAUGAAGAGUGUUGCUACGGGUGUUAUCCAGCGAUGAAGCACCCUAAAGGGACAUGCUAUGUCGCCGGCCACGUUGCUGAUCCCCGACAGUACUUCGUGCCUGACAAAUGAUGUCUUGAUCAUACCAUUGCUCCAAUAUAGAAGAGGCCGAAUACUAACGUAUCACAAAUUCUUUCUGCAAGCUGCUUACAUAUAUAGAGAGACAAAUGAUCAGCAUGUGUUGCCGGUGAGUGAGACGGCUUGCCUGUAUCUGAAUCACUAGGAUGAACGGCGCGCUACGCCGCGCCCGUACAGACUAUAUAUGUUUUUUAAAUGAAGUACAGGCAAUAUAUGCUGUGACAGUAGUAGUUAUGUGCC